AUGGCUACGAAGAAGCUGAGCUUGAAACUUCUAUAUGAUAAAGAAAGCAAGAAAGUAUUGUUUGCUGAAGCAGGAAAGGAGGCUGUAGAUUUCCUUCUCUACAUUCUUUCUUUACCACUAGCCACGGUCAUAAGCCUCCUCUCCAAUUCCAAGAAGGGAAUGGUGGGCUGUUUGAGUAACCUCUACAAAAGUGUGGAGAUUCUCGACCAGACCUACAUUCAAAACGGUCAGAACAAGGACUCUCUACUGAAACCCUCACCUUUGAUCUCCCAGACGCACUUGUUGCUGCCAAACGUUGUACCAACUCCAAAAUGGAACAACAUUAAAAUAUACAAAUGCUCAUACUCCUCAUGCUCUUAUCCUAAUUUCUAUGUCAAAGAUCCGAACCAACGUUGUCGUUGCGGUAACAAAAUGAGUUGCCUUGAAGAUCCUGAUGUGCUUUUUGGGAAGGAAGCUGCAGCAGUAAUCCGUAACGAAGGUAGUGGGUUUGUGAAAGAUAUGAUGACAUACAUGGUGAUGGAUAAUUUGGAGAUUAAACCCAUGUCUACCAUUUCUGGCAUUUGUUUGUUGAACCAGUUUAAUGUCAAGGAUGUUAGAAAUCUUGAAGAGAAGGUGGUGGUUGAUUUUGGCAUGGAUGAGGGUUUGCAGAUUUUAGAAGCCUCUUUGAAAGGGAAGGAAGUGCUAACAACUGUCUUCAUUCAAAUGGCUGUCUAA